CCGCGGCAGCCCCCGCGACCGCUGAAGGGGAGCGGGCAGUCAUGGCGUUUUCGGCGCCGGGAGCCUACCUGACUCACCAACAGAAGGUGUUGCGACUUUAUAAGCGGGCGCUGCGCCACCUCGAGUCAUGGUGCAUCCACAGGGACAAAUACCGGUACUUUGCGUGUUUGAUGAGAGCCCGAUUUGAUGAACAUAAGAAUGAAAAGGAUAUGAUGAAGGCCACGCAGCUGCUGCGGGAGGCAGAGGAAGAAUUCUGGCAUUGUCAGCAUCCACAGCCAUAUAUCUUCCCUGACUCUCCUGGGGGUACCUCCUUCGAGAGAUAUGAGUGCUACAAGGUCCCAGAGUGGUGCUUAGAUGACUGGCAUCCUUCUGAGAAGGCAAUGUAUCCUGAUUACUUUGCCAAGAGAGAACAGUGGAAAAAACUGCGGAGAGAAAGCUGGGAGCGAGAGGUUAAGCAGCUACAAGAGGAAACCCCACCUGGUGGUCCUAUGACUGAAGCUUUGCCCCCUGCCCGAAAGGAAGGUGAUUUGCCCCCACUGUGGUGGCAUAUUGUGACCAGACCCCGGGAGCAGCCCAUGUAGAGAGAGAGAGACACCUCAUUGUUCAUUUUUGCAAGUGAAAUCCGUGAAAUGCACUUGCCCUAAUAAAAAUAACUAAACAUGGU